UGUUGAGCGCACAAAUGGAGAAGGCUGAACAAAAUCAGCGCCACACUUUGUUCCAAACCAAGUGUGUGAUCAAAGAGCGCUCUUGCCGAGUGAUCAUUGAUGGAGGGAGCUGCAACAACUUGGCAAGUGCUGAAAUGGUGGAAAAGCUUGCGUUGAGCACCUGGCCACACCCGCAACCUUACUACAUUCAAUGGCUGAACAGUAGCGGUAAGGUGAAGGUAACACGGUUGGUGAGAAUUAAUUUUGCCAUUGGUUCUUAUCAUGAUUCUAUUGAUUGCGAUGUUGUGCCCAUGCAAGCAUGCUCUAUGUUAUUAGGUAGACCAUGGCAGUUUGACAUUGAUUCUUUGCAUCAUGGUAAAGCUAAUCAAUACUCUUUUAUGCACAAUGGCAAGAAAUUUGUUUUGCAUCCAAUGUCUCCUGAAGCAAUUUUAAAAGAUGAACUUACUAGAGCUAGUAAAUUGAAGAAUCAGAAGCAUGUUAAGAGUGAAAAUCAGAUUGUGGCAAAUGAACUUGAGAAGCAUAAAACGAAAAAUGCCAAAUCUGUUCAUGAUACUAAAAAUGAGAUUAAGCUGAAAGGGUCAUGUUUCAUUGCUACCAAAUCUGAUUUGGAUGAGAUCAAUGCUACCACUGCUGUUUGCUAUGCCUUAAUUUGCAAACAAACUUUGUUUUCACUUGAGGAGAUACCUUCUUCAAUUUUUGGCUUGGAAACAAUAAAAGAGCAAUAUGCACAAGAUGCUGAUUUUAAAGAUGUGUUGCUAAAUUGCAAGGAGGGAAAAACGUGGAACAAAUUCGUCCUCAAUGAUGGGAAGCGCAUGGAGGAGGGCUGA